AUGCCGCUCUGCAGCUUCUACGCCUCCACGUCCGUCCCCGUCGUCAAGCCCCAGCAGUCCGUCGCCUCCUCCAAGUCCCCCUCCACGGCGGCGGCCUCCGUGGCUACAAUUGUGCCGAUGCGCAGUGCGGCGACGGCGACAGUAACGACGGCCGUGCCCACAGCGAGCCCAGCGCUGUCGCUGCACCUGCCGGAGCUGCCGUCGCAGUUCAAGGACCUAGGCCGCGUCUUCGGCAUGUGCCUGUCCGUGCUCACCGCCAGCGUCCGCGCCGACCUCCGCCCCGUCUUCGCCUUCCUCUCCGAGGACCUGGGCGUCCCGGAGUCGGCGCACCGGCGCGUGGUGAUCAAGUGCCCGCGCGUGCUGGCGUGCAGCGUCCGCGACCAGCUCCGCCCGGCGCUCAUCUACCUCCGCCGCCUAGGGUUCCGGGACAGCCGCGCGCUGGCGCUGCAGGACCCGAUCCUCCUCGUCUCCAGCGUGGAGCGCACCCUAGCGCCGAAGCUGGAGUUCCUGGCCGGGCUGGGCAUGUCGCGGGACGACGCCAUCGCCAUGGUGCUGCGGUGCCCGGCGCUCUUCACCUUCAGCAUCAAGCGGAACUACAGGCCCAAGUUCGAGUACCUGGUGGACGCCAUGGACGGCGGCGUCGAGGACGUCAAGGCCUUCCCGCAGUACUUCGCCUUCAGCCUCGAGAAGCGGAUCGCGCCGCGCCACCGCACCGCGGAGGACGCCGGCGUCGCGCUGCCGCUGCCGGACAUGCUCAAGGCCACCGACGUGGAGUUCAGGGAGAUGCUCGACAAGGAGCGUGAGCUGCUCCAGGAGCAGACAGCGACGACGGACUGA